UGUACCUCGCUGUUUUGUCGCUCAAAGUCCACGGAUUGUCACCUGGUGCGCACACGGUGCACGAACCGCUGUGCUAUCGUGGCUCGUUAAAGGUCGGCCUGUGUGACGGCGGUCGAUUAAACGAGGCGAUGGGACGCGGACGUGACACGUGGAACCCCGGGCAGUGUUGAUCCUGAAUCAUCGAUCCUACGAGGGUAAUUCUGUCUUCGUCAUCUUGAAGGAUUCCAAAGGCACGCAUAAUUGUGCGAAGCUAGACGACGACAUCGAAUUCACGCCGUCAUGCCCUCCAGAAGGAGCAAGGGUGGCCUCCUGGCCAGGGUGAACUUUCCCCUUUACACACUGCAAAUGCUUACCAGCAGGCAUAUCCUGGUGGGCGGUGGAGGCGGCUCCUCCAAGACUGGAGUUGCCAACGGAUUUGAAAUUUUUGAGUUGUCACACAAUGGGACGCAUUUCAUCGCUGAGGAAGUAACCAGACAUGAGACGGGUCCCAGCGUAGUUAUGAACUGUGCCUCGCACAACAAUGGCAAGAAAACGUGGAUAGUUGCUGGUCAAGAAAGCCACUGUCAAUUGUACAAUGUGAAUCCUAAAGUGGUGACUUUGGAGAACGGCGAAUUGAUCAAAGGCCCGGCAGCAGCGACUAAUAAGGAUGGUCUUAGACAUAGAAGGAACAGCGAGAAGGUCGAGGAGGCUCAGUCGCAGAAGGAGAGGAUAGAGGAAAUCAAAGACGACAAUUCCAACGUCAAGAGCAAGAAGUUGCAGUUGGUUCUUAAACCUGCUGACAGCGUGCAAACGGCAUUUGGCAACGGUGAACCUUUGCAAAGAGUCGUCCGAGUGAGCUCGCACGGAAAGAUCAUGGCCACGGGCGGCACGGACGGCAGAGUCAGACUAUGGCGAUUCCCACAGUUGCAGAAACUGUAUGACCUCGACGCGCACGGGAAGGAGAUAGACGAUCUAGAUUUCAGCCCUGACAGCAAUCUGCUGGUGAGCAUCGCCAAGGAUGGAAAGGCCUUCCUGUGGAACGUGAACGAUGGCACGAGAGACCGCGAGCUCACCUGGACGCCGCAGGACGGCACGAAGUACAUGUACAAGAGGUGUCGGUUCAGAAAAGUCGCGGAGGAUAAAACGCGAAUCGACCUGUUCGUGCUGUCCAACGCCGUCGUGGCGAAGAACCCUAGCUUCCUGCAGCUGUGGGAUGCACACGCUGGAACGAUCGUCCGAUCGGCCGCCUACAGGGAGACCCUGUCGGCGUUGGCGGUCUCCGACGACGGCAAAUUCGUGGCCGUCGGCACGAUGUUCUCGGGCAGCGUCGACAUAUUCGUCGCGUUCAGUCUGAGGAAGGCGCUCCAUGUACCCGGCGCGCACAGCAUGUUCGUGACCGGCCUGGAAUUUCUACCUACCAAGCUCGACGGCCCGGCGAUUACCAGCAAUACGGAAACCGCGGUAGUCAGCAUCUCCGUGGACAAUAGGAUCUGCGUGCACAGUAUACCAUUUAGACACACACUGCCAUUCUGGUUCGUCAUCAUACUGAUCGCCUUAUGCAUAUGCGGUGCUUUCAUCCUCUGCAGUUAUCUUGGCAUAUGACCCGAAAUGUGCGACCGGGGCGAUAAAGCAGGACGUCUUUUCCUGAUGUCACUAUAGAUAAUUAAUACGAUUAUGAGCGAUCGAAUUCAAGGCAAAUGCAGUGUACUCGGCAUGCAACGCACGAUUCACUUGGACGAUUUACGGACACUAAACGAUAAACGCUCGAGGACUUUACGUGUACGGGCGGUGCGUAGAAGUCUUAUAAGAUAAGAGCAGGUACGCAGCAUUGCAUUGACAUAUAUGGCAUAAUUGGCUACUAAAACGAGUGCAAAGUAUCGGAAAGUUAUUGUAAUCGCACGGUAUCAUAGGACAAAUAUUUGCGGAUUGUUUGGUAAUUAAGAUCGCUCGUUAGCGUAUAGUUGAAUUAAUUGCUGUACACCUACAUACACACAUACACACACACAUACAUACACACACAGCAGCAGCAGAUCUUCAGGAUGCAAUUUAGGAUAUAGGUACGACGUCGUGGUGCUACUGUGAUAAACGAGUGAACUAUGUUGCACCGGAGUGCUUCCAACGGAUUCGAGGGGCCGCACCACUAGCACAUUGAUGUACAUAGAUUACGUUUUAUCGAUUUUUAACGCCAAAGGAAGAAUCGAAGCGCGCGCCGCCACGAUUCUUCCACUAGCCGUACGGAUAGCGGGUUGAUCGCACGUAAUUGGUUUCAUUUAAAAUGGUAAUGCGAAAUCUGUUGCUCAUAGUUGCAUUUAUAUGUUACCGACUCCCACAUCAUUCUUCCUCUUCUCCUGAGGGAAAACAGCGUUUCCUGGUUGUGCUUUCUCUGUAAAACAUGACAAAUGGUGAACAAACUAAACACUAUUUGUAUCGAUCGACGACACUGCACGGUUAGCAUCAAUCGCUAUUAGAUUUCGCAAAGUGAUCUCGUGAAUAUUAUUUAGUUAGGGCGUUUCCCAAGUUUUAUCGAAAUUCUGUAUUUUUCACCGCGCACGGUCAGUUUUAUUCCGCAUUUGCAAAAUCGUUCCGUCUAAUUGCCGAGGUUUGUUCGAAUAAAUGUAUAUGUGUAUAGAUUAUUCGCGAAUAACGGAAACUUUCUGCGCAACCGGUUUGCAAGGCGUCAACGGCAUCAUGGAUAAUAAAUGAUUGCAUAAUUACAU